CUGUGUCUCAUUCAAACACACCCCCACCCCAACAAAAAUUCUCUCUCUCUCUCUCUGUUAAUGCAAAGUGGGUUUAUUGGCGAAGAUGGCUGAUCAGGAUAAACCCUCUGAACUUUCUCUGUCCAGUUUUUAUGAUGAUUUGGGUGCCUGGGAUUCUGUACAGUUUGAUAAGAAGCUGUUGAUAGAUGUAAGAGAGCUUGCUAUCGGGCCAAUGAUCAGUGAAGGGACCUAUUCUGUUGUGUAUGAAGGACUGUACAGGUCGAUGCCUGUGGCUAUAAAGGUGAUACAAGCAGACAUGUCAGCAAUUAUGAGUCCAGAACUCCAGGAAAAAUUCAUUAGGGAGGUCUCAAUGCUUUCUAGAGUAAAUCAUGACAAUAUUGUAAAGUUAAUUGGCGUCGCUGUGGAACCAACAAUGAUGAUAAUCACAGAGCUCAUGAGAGGUGGCACCCUUCAAAAGUUCUUGUGGAGUGUUCGUCCAAAUUGCACAGAUUUGAAGCUUGCCAUAUGUUUUGCUUUAGAUAUUUCCCGAGCGAUGGAAUAUCUUCAUCAAAACAGAAUCAUCCACCGCGACCUAAAACCAAGCAAUCUACUUCUUACUGAAGAUAAAAGGAAAAUUAAGUUAGCUGACUUUGGGUUGGCUAGAGAAGAGGCUGAUGAUGACAUGACAACUGAGGCUGGGACGUACCGUUGGAUGGCUCCUGAGUUGUUCAGUGUAGAAGCUCUUCAUUUGGGCAUAAAGAAGCAUUAUGAUCACAAAGUCGAUAUCUAUAGUUUUUCUAUGGUUCUGUGGGAGCUGCUCACCAACCGCACUCCAUUCAAGGGCAGGAACAACAUAAUGGUGGCAUAUGCUGCAGCGACGAACCGACGACCCAGCGUAGAUGACAUUCCUGCACCGCUUGCACGCCUCCUACAGUCUUGUUGGGCAGAGAAUCCAGAACAUCGACCAGAAUUCCAGCAAAUUACUGUGUUUCUUGAGAGCUUCCUCCGUAGCAUCUGCCUACCGACAAAUACAUCACUCAAUGCACCACCAGGUUUGUUCGAGGCUGGAUAUUCAGGAAGCAAAGAAGAGAUUGAAGAGUCUCCACCGGCAGAUUUCUUGACGGAAACACCCAAGGAAACCAAGAAAAGACAGAGGAGUGUAUGCCUCAAGUUCUUGCAUUGUUUCGGAAGCUGUCUUUAGUUUUUUACAUACAGCUAAGAUCUGUAAGGGGGUUCUCUCUCCUGUAUAGUCUCAGAAGUUAUGCUUAAUUUUGGUUGUUCCAGUAAAAAAAAUGCAUGAGCAGUUUAAAGAUUGUGGUAAUUUAGACUCUUUCACCAUAGAGGUUGUACAUGAUGUUAUAAAUCAAGGUGUAGAGCAUAGUAUAAAGAAAAUAAAGCUUCUGAUGUGAUUCGGUUCUUUCGCCCUGUUGACUUCCAUGGUAAGCGUGCUUGUUGAGGUGAUAGAAUGCCUUUUUUCAUCUUUAUUUUUUGCAGAAAAUGACACUUUUUAGUCAAAUUCUAGAACUUUUUUCUCUGAUUAUGUUUUGACGUGCUUGUGGAAAAUUCUUGCAUCCCCACUUCCUCUUGGCCAGUGGAGGCAGAGUAAUAAACAUUAAGACUAACGUUUCUUACAUCAGUGUGCAGAGUAGGAAACUGAAGAAUUCUUGAAUGUUAUGUGCUCUCUCUCUCUCUCUCUCUCUCUCUGAUUGAAAGAAAAAGAAAGAACUUUGUGAAUCACACUUUCGAUCCCGGGAACUUCACUGCUUCUGAAACUUAUCUCCAACCAUCUUG